AUGUCGAGCGCGCUCGUCUCCUCGGCGGCCCCGACGCUCGCGAUGCGCCGCGCGCUCGUCGCGCGCCGCGACCGCGUCGUCGCCGACGCGCGUCAUCACAGGCGAUCUGGCCUAUCCAACCGCCGCAUCCGCAACCGCCCGGGGCCCAGGUGCGAGGCGUCGGACCCGUCGUCCUCCUCGGACGUCGACCUCGUCUCCGGCGUCGCGUACUCCGAGUACAUCCGCGACGCCGCGGGCAUCUCCCCGCCCGCCGAGCUCGGCGCCCUCGCCGCGGUCCUCCGCGCGCAGGGCGCCGCCCUCGUCGCGCCGAACGAUCGUGGCGGGAUCCACCCUCUGUGCGUCCCGCUCGCCAGGCGCGCGGACGACUCCACGGUCGCGCUGAUGAUCUCCCCCGCGGGGGAUAACACCGUGCAGGUGGUCUCCGUCGCCCCCGAUGGCUUCUCCCUCUCACUCCUCGCCAAGACGUGCAGGGAUUACGUCCACAAGGCCAUCGUCGAGGAGGAGGCUGCGGAUGGAGACUCUGCCGACGUCGCCGAGGCGGCGGGCGCCAUCGGCGCGUCGCUUCACGAGCCCGGCGCCUUUCACACCCUCGGCAAGGAACUCCCCGUGUACCUCACCCUCCGCGUGGGCAAGUUCCCGGACGUCAUGGAACAGCUGGCGCGCAGGCACCUCGACAAGGGCGACGAGCAGAGCGCGCUGGUCACGUGCGACUUGUACAAGGCUACGUUCGAGGGAUGGGGCCGGCCGCACUGGUACCUGUCGCAGGUGUACGCCGACGCGGGCAGGCACGAGGAGGCGAGGGACGCCGCGAGGUUCGCGCUGACCGACUGCCAGUGGUCCACGGCGGGCGCGCCCCUGGAGCAGCUGCUGGAGCGGUGCGGCUGGGGCGGCCAGAGCGUGGACGAGACCAAGACGUUCAUCGAGACCCGCCGGGGACCCGCGGCGGAGCAGUUCGACGGACCGAAGAGCGACAAGCAGCUCGCGGAGGAGGAGGCGGCGGUGCUGCUGGACAAGGUGUACGCGGGAGAGAUGAGGCUGGGCGAGAUCACGCAGCGGCUGGCGAAGUGCUACAUGGACAGCGACAACGGCGCGCUCGCCAAGCUGGUGAUGUCGUCCAUCUCCAUCUGA